AACCAACAGGGGGCACCUGCCUUGGAUGCUUAAUAUCGAAGCUAAUUGGGGAUUAAUUGUUGGGUGCACUAAGGGAAAGGAUAAAACUGAUUAUCCGGGUUGUCAAGGCAAACCUGCUGUAAGUAGAAUUUGUGUGACGGAAAUUGGACAAUAGAAAGCAGUUUGUAUGCACAAUGCGAAUGUAUUAAGUUAUCCUGUUUGAAGGGGACCGUGUGUUUUACCAGCUGAAGUGGACACUUGGGUGAAGAUACAACAGGUCUACACCAGACUGAAGAGGAGCAUGACCGUCAGGCGCCUUUCAUCAAUAUGAUUUGUCAAGUUUUUUUUUCUUAUUUGAAAGCAUGAUGUGACCACAGUGGACAUUUUUGAGUGGUCAGUGACCGUAUUCUAAAGUGACAAGUGGAAAUUAAGGUGACAGUUCUACUGAAGUGGAUAAAGUAAGAGUAUUCAGACAUUACUCUUGCUCUUUGUUUUGAACUGGACAUCGUUUUCUGUUGGACAGGACAAUUUCUAUUUUAACAUCAAGGAUAAAGGAAGUUGAGGUUCACUUUUCAGUGCUACAUCAUGCUGCUGUUGAAAUAAGUACUACCUGAGCACCGAUGAGCGCCAGGAAUACCUCGCGAUGCAUGAGCCACUUAAUUUGCCACAGCUGCGCAAAGAGCAGCGCCGUGUGGCAGCGCUCAUGCAGUCGCAACAAACAGUCCGUCACAGCCACAGGGUAAAACGGCACCCCCUCAAUGUGGACUACCUAUACUGGUGCUCUCAUAUAGAUCCAGAUGGUCAUCACCGAAACCCUGCUCUAGACCAUCUAAAACAUGGCCUCCGUGCUGUGCGGGGUGAGCACCCAUGUGACUUCUUUCCAAACAAUUCUCAUGAGUGCAAAAACAAUGACAAGAACAACCCAGAUGGUGUAUUUGGUACCAAAAAGAAGAAAGUCAAAGAAAGCAAGAAAAUUGCACCAGAGGAGUCCCUGGUCUUACCUGGCUUGGACUUCAGUGAGGAUUACGACUAUGAUGCAUGGAGGAGGAGGACUGCAAAGGGACGCCAUCUUGUUCAGUCCUUGGAUUCUACCCUAGAUGACCCGGAUUUAAGGAAAAAUGGCCAACCUCUUGGUCAGUCCUUGGACAGUGCACUGGACCAGCGUGUGGUCAAACUGCCCUCUAUCUCUAAGACCAACAAAGUGACUACGCAGGUUAAUCCUAAGAGGGAAAAUGGACAGCAAACCUCAGUGAGUAACAGUAAUAAAAUUGGACAAUCUAGUCAAGUAACCUCAGUCAGUGCAGAAAAUUCUCUUUCAAACAUUUCUAUGACAGAACCCUCAAAUACGACUUCGAGCAGGGCAAACUCUAAAAAGAAACCUGGAAAGGUGCAGUUCGGUGUUAAGUCUGAAUACUUUUACACUGACGGCGACAGUCAAAAGUUAGAGCCACAUGUAUCAAGGUUGGACUCGCAAACAAGUCUCAUAACUCAAGUUCAGGCAGCAAAUGAGAAGCCAGUCAUAAGAAAUGACACGCCUCCUCGCCUUCUGUAUACACACAUAAAGGAAAAACAAGGGAGGGACCGCCUGGCGUCCAUGAUGUCCCAGUCAAGGGGCAGUUCUGGCGCUGGUUGGUGCGAGUGUGGAGAAGAGUAUCGCAAGGGUCAAGGGGGACUUUGCAAGAACUGUGGGAAGAAGAGACGUAAGAGCAAGAAAAAAGAUGAAGAAAAGCUGGACAACAUGUCAGAUUUACAAUCGGGUCAGUUGCUGUAUAAUCGUUAUGGCAUAGAGGACACUCCCCCUGUUGUCUCACCUGAUAUAGAGAAGUUCUUACUGAAAAGCAUCCUUAAAGAUAAAAACUCCGAACGUCAAAAGAAGGAGAAAAGAGAAAGCAUAAAUGAUGAUAGUAAUACAGUUACUUUUGAGAACAAUAUAGAAGAGGAAGUGGAGGAGGAACAGGAAAUUGCCAAUGGUGAAACUGUUGUUGAAUCCAAUAAUAAACCCAUAGGAGAGACCUUGGCUCAUGAAGGUGAAGACCUUUCACAGCAGUCCAGUGAAGAUCUGCUGCCACUGACUGACAUACACAGGGAUGCCUAUCUUGCCGCACUUAACGAGGCACGUUUUCGUGUCCUCCCUGAGGAACCAUGGAUGCUGGGAACUAACGUGUCUCGUGCAUUUGUAUUUUCAUACUUCAAACACAUUCCUGAAAACUGUGAGUGUGAAAAAUGCUCCAAUGCCAGGCUUGCCAAAACAGGUGGUGCCAGGAAUAAUCAAAAGAAGGUGGUGCCUGUGUCUAAGAAGAGAGCAAUUAAAUCCAAGACCAGUGAAAUGACUUCCAUAUUUGGUGAUGUAAAGAUAUCAGAACAUUAUCCUGGGGGUUCUAAAGGAUGGAGACAGUACAAUAUCCCCGUGAAGCGAAGCAGGAAGAAACUGGAAACUGUGAUUUCCUCAGUGCAAAACCUUGAUGCUUAAAUAAUUAAACUUUAAAGAUCAAAAUUUGUUUUAUAAUAACAAUUUUAGUUAUUAUAUGACAAAUAUUAAAAUUUUAUUGAUGUGAUAAAACAUUGAUUAAGCAACUGUUCAUAAGUGAUAUAUAUUUUGACUAAAGGAAAAGUGAGUUCUGAUGAAUACAUUUCUAUAUUCUUUGCAUUUGAAAAAAAUCCACACAUUUCAGGAU